AUGGGCUGGUGGCCCUUCUCCUCCGACUCGCGCGCCGACGCCAUCCGCUCCGGCGACGCCAUCCCCACGCGCGCCGAGCGCCUCCAGUGCUGGGCCUCGCGCGACGCCUACUUUGCCUGCCUCGACGCGCACUCCAUCCUCGACGCCACCAAGGACGCCUCCAAGGCCGCCCGCGCCUGCCCCCGCGAGUCGGCCGACUUUGAGCGCGACUGCGCCGCCGCCUGGGUCAAGUACUUUAAGCAGUGGCGCGUCGCCGACGUCCAGAAGAAGCGCCGCCUCGAGGAGCUGCGCCGCCAGGGCGCCCAGGAGAUGGAGGUGUCGACGAGCUUUGCGCCCGACGGCGGCGCCGCGGAAAAGGGCAAGGGCCGCGACGACAUCCAGGGCAUGCUGGACCAGAAGCGGAGGUAG